GAGGUUGAUUUGGUGAGGAAAAACAGUAGCCUACUGGUGGACUUGGAACUCAAGAGGUUACCUCCUCUUCAUAGGUAACUGCCCCCCACCCCCGGGACAGAGCGUCGUUGGGCUACAAGGCGCCAACGAGCGGAAGUGAAAGCGAUGUUUUCUGAUACAGUCAGCGUUGAGCCUCGUGACCCUUCAGACGACUACAUUUUAUUCUCCUAUGAAAGCAUGACAGAUGGCUAAAAAAGAACAACGUUUACCUGCAGAACAUGCAAAUAAGUAAGUAAAACAAAAUGGAAUUGUCGACUUGCCAAGAGCCUGUUCUGAUUAGAGACGAUAGUCUCGUGUCGUGGGAGGUGAUUGGCAGCGGAGGCUUUGGACAGAUCCAUCGGGCCAAACAUGUUCGCUGGGGGAUGGACGUGGCCGUGAAGGUGCUCCACCACAGUGAUGGGUCUGGAGCUGCCCUCCGGAAGGAAGCCGAGAUGAUGCGUCAGGGCAGCAAUCCCUUCGUGCUGCGGAUCCUUGGGGUGUACCAGGGCUGCCCCCCUGUAGGAGGCCCCUCCCUGUCCUCCCAGCUGGGCUUGGUCAUGGAGUUCAUGGAGCGGGGCUCUCUGGCCGGACUUCAUGAGGCCCUUGGCGGCCCCCCGCCCUGGCCUUUGGCUUUCCGGCUGGCCCACCAGGUGGCCCUGGGCAUGAACUUCCUGCACUGCAUGAGUCCGCCGCUGCUGCACCUGGACCUGAAGCCCAGCAACGUGCUGCUGGACAGCUACCUCAACGCCAGGCUCACCGAUUUCGGCUUGGCCAAACUGGCCCGCAGUGUGUCCAGGAGAAGCAGAGAAGCAGAUGAUGAGACGGGAGGGACAAUCAGCUACAUGCCUCCUGAGGCCUUCAACCUGUCCUAUAAGCCUACCAGUGCCUCGGACGUCUACAGCUACGGGGUUCUCCUGUGGUCCAUCUUCACUGGGAAGGAACCUUACGCAAAUGCUCUCUCUAGUCUGGUGCGGUUUCGGAUCCCACUCGGAGACCGUCCCGAUUUGGAGUCCCUGGACGUGGGCAACGUGGAGGGCCUGACUGAGAUCACUGAGCUGAUGAAAAAAUGCUGGCAGAAAGACCCGACUCAGAGACCAACCUUUGAGGAGUGCCACCCUGUGACAAAUCAUGUGCUUGACCUGCACAAACGGGGGAUAAACGAGGCGGUGUACAACGUACAAACGAAACUGGACUCUGACUCUGAGGCAUCUAUGAGAAAUUCCCAUAUUGAGACAGUGCUGGCUCCUCCGCCCCCUACUCCUGUUCAUGCUUGUAUACAAGUGUGCAGUGAGGCGGAACCUCAAAAGGAUACUGGCAGUUGCAAAACUUCCCAGCUCAAACACAAGCCAGAAGAUUCUGUCAAGAAGCAUUCACAUCAGCCAAUCACAGCAGCUUCUCAGCGUCAUAAAACCUCCUCAUCCUCAUCCAAUCACAAACAACACGUGACUCCCACAUCCUUUUUUCCACACUAUCAACCUUCUGUUCAGCGCCAGCAUUCUUCUCCUGUUCCCAAGUCAGGAUAUGGUAAAUAUAAAGCUAAUACCGUCAGUCAUAAUUUGACAAACCUCCAGUUUGUGCAGAUAGGUGACAACAAUCGUAUGCAUGUCAACAUUACAUCCAAAAAGCAACGCCACAGGAAUCCAACAGCCCCCUCUAGAGUCAACCUGCCGGCAUCACAGGCAGACCCCUUUAAGCCUGAGGGUGCCAGCACAUCCCAGCCAUGGGACACACAUCUCAAGUAAGGCCUUGAGCCGACCAUGAUCGGAUGGAAAACCGGCGGAAAUGACCGUUUCUGUCCUCUUUUUUUGUUUCUCACCGGUUCUCAUGUUCUCAGGUUCUCAAUCAUCAGCAUUAUCAUCAUAAUUAUCAACCACUGGUUUAGCUUAACUUUGCAAUAAUGAUUCAUCUGAAAUUGUGGUGCUUGGAUCUGUUGUAUGGCGCUUGGGUCAAAUGUACAGUGUCAUUGUCACUGUGUCUUCAUAAUGAAUAAUGCUAAAAUGUCAACAAUACUGAUGUGGAAAAGAAAUGUACAGUGUCAAUGUCACUGUGUCUUUCUACUAAAUAAUGCUAACAUAUCAAUAAUGCUAAUGUGGAAAAUAAAUGGAAUGGGUGGUCAGGGAUCUGCUUGCAAGCCGUAUGAGAUAAGACACAUCACAUGCUUUGUUGUCAAGAUGGCAAAUCAUUUUUAUUAGUUUAUUUAUCUUAUUUUCAUUGAUAUUGUCGUAUACAUGUUUUCCCCCUCUUUCAUGAUUCAAUAGUCCAUGGUCUAUAGUGAGAUCUGAGGAAUGGAUAUGUUAUUGUGAGGGAGAAUGUUAUUGUGAUACUGUUUUUCACACUUUUGCUGUAUUUUAUAAUAAAAAACAGGGUAUUAAAACAAUGUGAAAUAU